AUGACGGAGCCAUGCUCUACUAUUUUGGCAGUGGUGGAAGCUCUGGGGACUGUGAGGGCUUUCUGGGAGGACGUAAAGGGCUGUCUUUUCGGCCAUCCAAAACAAGAAGAUCUGCUUCUGUUUCCGAAUUAUGAGUUGGUUGGAAUCGGUGGCCGUCACGGCUUCGUCGAGGCACGCCAGCUUCGAUAUGGCUACACCAUGGGUAGUGUCUCCCUCUUUCCUAUGCGAUAUGUGACAGGACAGAUGAGUUAA